UUUUGUAACUUGCAUCCAAAUAAACCCAACUUAAUUACACACACACACGCACGCACAAAAUCUAAUCACUGAUUUUAAGUCGUAAAGUUAUUUUACUCGAUAAUAGUCUUCUUUUUAAAGAAAUAAUGUCUUUUACACUUUCAACAUUGAAAAUAAAUUGCAUCAUCAACUUUCAACAUUGAAAAUAAUUUGUAUCAUCAACUUGAAUCAUCUUUUUAAACAACAAUAAAUUUAAAAAGUAGUAGUUGUGAGGUUGGGUGUUGUGUCAGUUAAAAAUUUAGUUUAUGAGAGAAAGUGGUCCCAAAAACCCACAUUCAGAGCCCCUGACUUUAUAAAUUGGUAAACAUUAGAUUGCAAAGCUAAUAGUAUCAAGUUUUAGUAUGAUGUAAAACAUCAACGAGGUAUAAUAGACUUGCUAGAGGAAUAACGAAGCUGAAAAUCGUUUAAAAUUGCAGUACAGUCUUAGUAGUAUUAUUAUUCCAGCGGCUAGCCAAAAUGGCGCUUUUGCGUUAAAAACCUAUGAAAGUUGUAACCUAGAAAGCUAAAUCAAAAUCGAUUACUUUAUUAAAAUUUGACUGGAUAUGUUACUAUUUGUUUGAACCUUCGCUAUUGCUUCCCCAUAUAGCUAGAAAAAUGGCUGUUUAUGGAAAGAUACUCUUAACUGUGAUAAGUUUUGGAAUAACGGGAAUUUUAUUGAACGGAACAAGUUUGCUUCUACUCGCUAAAUUAAAAAACUCUCGUACAGACAAAACGCAGCGUUGGAUAAUUAGUUACCUUUGUUUUUUUAGCCUUUGUUUAAGUAUUACUUAUACAGUCACUAACUCUAUAGAAAUGAUUCAACCUGUUAACAAGAAUGAAAAUGUCAAAGACGAAAACGAAAACCUAGAAGUAGCUGCUCGUGAAAGUAAAAAAAAGAAUAAUUCUAUCAUUUUUCAUCGAACUGACGAUGUUGUUCUUUAUAUAAAAGAAGAAGGGUAUUUGCCAAAUAUUGCUUAUGUAAUAGAAGACGCACUAAUUGCAAGCUUUGUUAUUGGCAAUUACUUAGCAACUCUGUGGCUUGUAUUAGAUAGAUAUUUACACAUAAAAAUGAUCAUUAAAUACGCAUGUUACUGGUCGCACAAAAAAACUUUGUUGACAAUGUUGGUCAUAUGGAUUUUAGCGUUAACAAUCGGAUGUUUAAUGAGAAUAUACUUGAGAGAAAAUCUCGCAUAUAUAUGCAAUUUAAUUUAUAUAACACUUGAUACAAUCAUUAUUGUAGUAUCCUUCUAUGUUUACUCUUAUGCGUUGAUAGUUAUUAAAAAACAAAGACAACUUCAUUUAAAAGGAAACGAUAACGGCAUAACAAAAGGUGUGUAUUUGUCUGUUUGCAUUUUAUUAACGUUCAUAGUAACAGUUACAAUACCCGAUAUUAUUUCGAUAUUGAACGAUAAAAUUGAGUUAAAUUACAACUUUGCUUGGUAUUCUUUUUUGUGUAACUCAAUUUCUAUUUUAACUGAUGCUAUUAUUUAUAUUUUGUUAUCUCCAAAAGGUCGUUGGUAUUUCAAAAACAAAUUAAACACUAUUUCUAGGAGAAGAAACAGUUCUAUUGUUUUGUCUAACAUGACAGUUGAAACCUUUCGUUCUAGUUCUAUCGCAUAUAAUAUUAGAUAACAUAAGUCAAGUUACUCCAAGAGAAUGUAAAAACUACUAAAAAAAACCUUUAAAUGGGAUUAAAUGGCCAUUUUUGUAA